ACUACCAGUUUCACCUGCCUUAUUGCCUGAAACAACACUAGUAGGCACCUGCUUCAUUGUAGGGUUUUCGCAUCGCAUCCCACGCUGAGCCUGAAUCUCGGCAGCCUAUAUGUCACCGGAAGUCGUUAAUCAAGGUCUUAUACAUUACGCGUUGUCAGUUAUUCUAGGGUGAAGGCGCAGAGACGCUGGGCUGCAUUUUUGUGCAGCCUAAUCCCUAGAUGCAGGACGAAACGGACAGCUAAAGUGCACAAGUUGAGAGUUAAGGGAUAAUGCGCUAUUUUAAGCGUUGUUUCCCGCUGAUAGUCGCUUGAUUUAUCUACAGCCUAUCCACGAAUUCAAAAAUCACUCAUCCGUUAAUCACCGCCUUCCGUGGCACCAUCUCGCUAGCUCUCUGCAGCCACAGCCGAUCAUGAAGGCGCUGGCAUGGGAGGAGGCUCCGACCGCCUAGCCGGCAACAAUGUCGGUGGAGUAGGUAAGGUAACGGCCAACGAGACGGCGACGCGUGACAGCGGCGGCAACCUCCUGAGCCCGCGGAAAAAACUCCCCGGCAGCGCGCAAUCCCCCAGAACCAUCCUGAGAGGGGGGGAAGGAAGCGGAGGAGGAGGGGGAUCCUCUAGGAGCCUCACUAGCAACGACUCCAGCAGCCACGCGUCGUCCAGUCAGCAUUCCCGCAUGAUGCGGGACGAGCGGCGGGACGAGCGGCGGGACGAGCGGCGGGACGAGCGGCGGGACGAGCGGCGGGACGAGCGGCGGGACGAGCGGCGGGACGAGCGGCGAGGACGGGGACGCGACGACGGGUGGGAGGAUGACACAGGCGGGGGAGCAGGGGGCGGAAUGGGGGGAGGCAGCGGUAGCAGGGCAGGGAACGGUACUUUAUCCCGAGACCGCUCGCGGGGCAGCAAUGGCAGCAGCGACGAAACGCCGCCGUGCCGGCCGGCGACGUCCGGCGGCCGCCGGCCGAAGCGGCCGGAGGACGGCAGUCUGAUCAGCCCGCGGAGCGGCAGCAGCCGCGUGCCGGAUUGGCUGCCGUCUUCGUUGUCGUCGUCAGGGGCGCCGCCGCAGCGGCCGGCAACUAGCGGCGGCCGGCGGAUGCCGUCCCGUCACGGCCCGUCACCCGACGACGAUGACGGCGUCAGCGGGACGAGCGGGGAGUGGCCGCCGCGGAGAUUAGUCGGCAGCGCGAGUACCAAAGGCGGCGGCGGAGGGGGAUAUGGGGAUGAGCCCCCCGGGUUGCCAUCCUCGGGAUCUUAUUCCGCCGGGUAUCGCGGUCAGGGGUCGCCGCCGCGCCGCGCCUUUCACAAGUCGCAAUCGGCGAAGAUUAAUCUCUCCAAUUCCGGAGCGGCUGUCCGCGAAGCAGACCGAGACAGAGACAGGGACAGGGAAAGAGGGGGAUAUAGAGACCGAGAGCGUGAGUUACGAGACCGCGGGAGCAGUUUUAGGGAGCGGGAUAGGGUUAGGUACCUAGCGGAGGGCGACGCGGAAGGGGACCUACCCCUAAUGUCUCCGUCUAAGGAGCGCGCCGUGAGCCGCUGGGUCGAGGACUCAUUGUGCGAGUUAGAAGGCGGAGAGCUAGGCGAUACUAUAGACUCCCCAGGUAAGGACUCGUCUUCGUCCUCCAGUCGCCGCCGGGGGGGCUCUCGUCGCGAUGAGUACGGGGGCGAGGGGGAUUAUGAGGAGAGGUCAGGCGGGGGAAGGCGCGGAAGUGCGCGUGAUCGGGACGGGGGAGGGGGGUAUGAGGCGUCCCCACGUACGCCCCCCCCCCGGUCGGCGUCGCGCAGCGGGGGAAGGCACCCGGACGAGGCGACCACUUCGGGGAGGUCGCACCUGAGGACGGUGGGGGAGGCGCAGGACGGGGGGGGUUAUUCCGCCGGCCGCCCGCCCUCCCGCGGAGGGCCGGGGAGCCUUGACCCGUCGUUGAGCGGGCGCGCGCGGAGCUUCGGGCGGCGCAGCUUGGGAGAGGGCGGAGCGGAGUUGCGCCCGCGCACGCCGUCCGGAGCGGAGCUGCUUGCGCGGCCGGGGACGGCGGAGGGCAUGAGACGCCCGCGGACGGCGGACGUGAACGCCGCGCAUGCGCGGGCGGGCGUCCCGCGGAGCAUGUCGACCGCGGAAGCCGCGCUCGCGGGGCCGGGGGGAUCCUUGAAAGAGCGGGACCGGGGGGAGGGCGGAAGGCGCACAGUCCCCCGCUCCGCGUCAGAAGUGAUGCCUGAGGACUUGGGGGGAGGCGCAGGGGGAGGGGGCGGCGGGCGCAGGGGCCCGCUGCGGUCCCCUAGCGGAAGCCUGCGCUCUAAUUCAGUCUCUAGAGACUACGAGGAUGAUAGGGGCUGGAGCGGUGAUGGCGGGGGGUACGGGAACCAGGACAGGCCCUAUACCUCCCAUGGGAGGUUGGCUAUGGAGUUAGAGCGAGAGAGGGAGGAGAGGAGGAAGUUACAGGAGGAGCUAAAGAGGAUGGAGAGAGAAGUUAAGGAGAAGGAUGAUAGGAAGAGGACGGAUAAGGAGAGGAGGGCGAUCGAGAAGGAAAGAUUAGUCGCUGACGUGGCGGCUUUAAAGCUGCCCGUGGACAGGGUUGCAGUGGAGGAGAAGAAAUCUGCCCGGAGAGGAAUCUUCUCGGUGUUUUCCAGCCGCCCGAAAACCCCAGAUGUGGACAAAGCGGCGGCAGCAGCGGCAGCGCAGGGGAACACUGUAGCAGUGGUGCCGCAACCCUCCCCAGGGGCUAGGCCAGUAACCCCAGAGGGGCUCCAGGCGAGACUCACCAGAAAGAACCGAGAGGUCAUCAGAGCCGCGAGGAAGGAAGCCGCAGCAGCGGGAGGGGGAGGGGGGGGAGGGGGAGUGGGAGGGGCAGGGGGGGGUGGGGGAGGGAGUGUGGAUAAAGGGGGGAGUGUGAAUAUAUUGAAGCGGCCGUUUGCGGAUGUGAAGGAGGCGUAUAAGCUGGAUAAGAACGAGCUGGGGCGAGGCAGGUUUGGGGUCAUCCGAGGGUGUCUGUGCCGCGUGUCGGGGGACCGAUUCGCGUGCAAGUCGAUAAGCAAGAGCAUGCUGCAGUGCCAGCAGGACAUAGAGGACGUGCGCAGGGAGGUGGCGGUGAUGGAGAUGCUGAGAGGCCAUCCCAGCGUUGUCAACCUCACAGCCGCGUUUGAGGAUGCGCAGGACGUGCAUCUGAUCAUGGAGCUCUGUGAGGGCGGCGAGCUGUUCGACCGCAUCAAGCUGAGGGGAAAGUUCCCAGAAGGCGACGCGGCGCGGGUGGUUCGCACGGUGGUCUCGGUGCUGCGGCACUGCCAUGGGGCGGGCAUCAUGCACCGGGACUUAAAGCCUGAGAACAUCCUUCUGGUGUCGAACCACAGUGACACGGACCUGAAGGUUAUUGACUGGGGCGUUGCAACCUUCUUCCAGAAAGGCAAGCCCUGCACUGACAUGGCAGGGAGCCCCUAUUACUUGGCCCCAGAAGUACUAGCUGAGAAGUAUGGCCCUGAGGCUGACAUCUGGAGCGCCGGGGUGGUGCUCUACAUCCUCCUAUCUGGACUCCCCCCCUUCUGGGGCACCACCAACGACGCCAUCUUUGAGGCGAUCAAGCAGGCCACGCUCAACCUGGUGCGCCAGCCAUGGCCGGUGAUUUCGGACGAGGCGAAGGACCUGGUGGUGCGCAUGCUGACGAGGAACCCCAAGAAGAGGAUUACGGCUGAUGAAAUCCUCGAUCAUCCUUGGAUUCGCGCCAACAACAGCUGAGCUGACCACGCCCACUCGAUGAAGGCACUAGCGAGCCUGUGGUUAUCAGCUGACUACGUUUAUCAGGUGACCAUGGUUAAAAUUGUUAUCGGGCCAGCGUACCAUAACAUGAGUCUGUGACUAUACAUUGGCUGCCGGAUUAUGAGGCCUGGAGAAAAGCGUCCUGGUGAGGUCAGCAAAGGCUGAUUGCCCGAGCAACAGCCGUACAUGCAACCAGGGUCACAUGAAAGUGAAACCCCAUAUCCUUUCGGCUUGCGAUGCGAAGGGUAGAAGAUGCCAUGAGGAUUCAGAUAGAUAUCGUGAUCUCGUAUGCUUCCUGUUUCAGAAUUGAUGGUGGGUUUGGCAAAAUGAUGGAGACUUAUUGUGUACUGCAGCAUUAUGGGUUGCUGCUAGCUGAUGGCAGGAGGGAGGUCUAUGUCAAAAAAAUGUUUUAUGAGUUGUGCUGUGCUGGUCAAUUUUAGUCUUGUGUUAUCAGCAUUUCAACU